UGAUAAGACUGCAGAAAAAAACAGACACAAAAGCUGUGUACUUGUAAACUGGUAUGAGAUCAAAGAGAAUGAUAAAAGAAAAGUUAAUUAGUUUUAAUAAAAAAAAAAGCUCAGUUGAAAUUUUAAUUUAACGGUCGUGAUGUGAAUAGAGUAACAACAAACCCCUACAAAUUACUACCUGAAAAAUUAUUGGAUUUCUGUACUGGUAUCUAGUGAUAAGUGACGUUUCCUGUUCUGCACCGAUCGUGGCAUCAAAUAAUAACUUUCAACUGUCUUUUACUUGAACUUGCAUGUGGCUACAAAGAAGUGACAUCUGUCAGCUGCUGCCAUGGUUACGCUCAACAGCUGAACGCCCUGUCCACCCCACCAAGCCCAAAUGUGCACAGGGGUCAGACGUGUCCUCCUCUGUGAUGACGUCCAGAAGCAAGAACCCGUACGCGGCGGUGCAGGUGGAUCCAGACAGUGACUACAUCACGCCGGGUACACUAGACCUGGAGCAGCAGUUCUGGACCGGCACCGCAGCCAAGUACACACAUGUCAACCAGGUGUGGCCUGGUGUCUACAUCGGAGACGAAAAAACAGCUCUGGAGGUGCAGGGCCUGGUGGAUCUGGGUAUCACCCAUGUCCUGAAUGCAGCAGAGGGGAAAUUCAACAACGUGCUCACUGGCGCUGAGUACUACAGGGACACGGAUAUUGAGUAUUUUGGCGUAGAGGCUGAUGACAAACCCACCUUUAACAUCUCCCAGUACUUCUGCCCUGCAGCAAAGUUCAUCCAUGAGGCUCUCAGUCACCCACAGAACAAGGUGCUGGUCCAUUGUGUGAUGGGUAGAAGCAGGUCAGCCACCCUGGUCUUGGCCUACCUGAUGAUGAAACGCAAUUUAACAGUAGUGGAUGCAAUUGAGCAUGUGCGACAGCGCCGGUGCAUCCUCCCCAAUCACGGCUUCCUGAAACAGCUCCGAGCCUUGGACAUUGCCCUGCAAGAGGAACGGCUGAGGCAAAAAAGAGAAACGCAACAGCAAUAGCACACAAUAAACAGAUGCUGCACUUCAGUUUUCCCCCCAUACAUACAAAAAUGUACAUUUUUUCUUUAUUUAUUGUAACAUUAAACUUUUUUCUUUUCCACUAAA